GUGACGUGGGAACGCGAACCGGAUGACGUGGGUUUGGUUGUUGCUUCUAGAACACACAAAUCUCACAAGAGGAUUUUCAUAUUCGCCUAGUUUUUAUAUCUUUUCUGUUUAAUGUCAUUUAAUGACAAUUUAGGGAAACUGGUACGGUAUCACUGAGCAAAAACAAAACGAAACUUUUUUAUUAUUAUUAAUUGGUCAAGCUUUCGUUGUUAAGGGGUUUAAAUGUGUAACAGCUGAUCAAGAUAUGUCGAACAGAAGCUGAAGGGUAUAAUCGAGGGUUUCCUCUUUUAAUUUGUUUCGCCUUGCUCUAAUACUCGUUUGAUUUUAACAGCGGGGUGGAUUUCAGUUGACCUAUAGAUCGUAGUUACUGGCAAAAAGGCUGGCUGAGGUUAGUGUUUGUCGAUUGGCAAGUGGUAGCUAUUGCUAUUAGCUAAAAAAGUGAGCCGUGGACAGUGAGGGACCAUGGAUUUCGACAACGUGCUGUCCAUCGCCACCCAAAAUCAAGGGCUCAGCAGCAUACCGAAGCGGUAUAGCUUAAAAACUGGUCCACCCAAGAAAGACGACAAAGUCAAAGGAGUUAAUUCGGCUGCGGUGCAAGCCUUCUUGAAAAAACAGGCCAUGGAGCAAAGGAAAAAAGAAAUACAGAAUAAGAAAGCAAAAGAAGUUUUGUUAGCCAAAAGAGUGGAGCUGAAAUCAGACAGGAAGGCACGAGCAAUGGCUUCACGAACCAAGGACAAUUUCAGAGGUUACAACGGCAUCCCUGUCAUAGACCAGCCCAAAAAGAGGCAGUCAAAGGGGGACAGAUCAGAAGAUCAGGAAAUGUCAAACACAUAUGAUGAUGAUGAUGAUAAUUAUGAGUAUGAGGGUACAGAUUCUGAAUCUGAAGAACAAAGCAGGCCUGUUAAGCCUCAGCCUCAGCCUCAGUCUCGAGCUGAGAUCUCCAACAAAGCUGACAGCAAACUGAAAAAAGCCAGUGCUCCAGCUAGGCCCACACCGCCGUCAAUGAACUUUGCUGAACUCUUGAAACUUGCGCAAAAGAAGCAGUAUGAACCUGUUGAAAUAAAAGUAGUGAAGAAGACCGAAGAGAGACUUAGAACAGCAGAGGAGAUUCGAGAACUCGAAAUGGAGCGCAGGGUUAAGAAACAGGAUAAAGAGAGGGAUGCAAAACCAGACAAGUAUUCAGGACAGAAAGACAGCAGAUCUCAAUCCAGCUCAAGUUCUCAGAAGAAGAAUGUAGACCGAGAAGGCAAAAAUGGGAAAUUGCCCAAGCCACCAGUAGAAAAGCACCAGUCAAGUAGUACCAGCAAAAGGCCAAAGCUUCAAGCAUCCAGUGAACGAACUCCAGGUUCUGCCAAACUACAUGGAGACAGAAACAACUUCUCAGGCUCCUCAGGUGCCUUAAAUGGUAAAGCUGCCAUGAAGUAUGGUGCUCCGUUAAAUGUGAAACAAGCACCACCUAGACCCUCACAAGGCCAAAGGCCCACAACCUCAAGUGACCUUACCCCAAGGAAGGGGAACACCUUAAUAUCUCAAGGGAAAUCAAGUAUUUCGGGAAGUCGCACUGUAGCUGCUACUGGUGCAGCUAGAUCAGGUCAAGGACCACUCAAAAACUCUGGGCAGAGUAGACCUAGUAACUCUGAUAGAGGUGGGCAACCUCAGAGACCAGCAAAACCAGGACAUUUAUCACGACCUGGGAGCAAUGCUCCACCUCGGCCUGGGAGCAAUGCUCCACCUCGGCCUGGUAGCAACGGACUUGUACGACCCUCUUCUGGUGAUCCCUCCAAACAACCAAGACCAGGUGGUAGUUUGCAAGGUCAGCAAAUUCCUGGAAGCUCCAGGGCCUCUAUAAAUGGACCAAGUAGGAUGGGAGGUAGUGUUUCUGGGAGACCGGUAAAUGGCAUGGGCUCUGGCCCUGGAAGACCUCAAUGUACUGUUGUUUCAGAGACUAUUUCAUCAAAGAACUUUGCUUCGAGACCCGGGAUGGUUCCGAGGCCUCCGGUGCCACAAGGCCCCAAGACAGUGAUUGCCCCCUCAGGCCACAGAGUUUUGGUUAAACCUUCUGGACCGUUGUUGCCCCCCAUAACAUCCACUUAUAAACGGAAGUAUGAAGAUGAGGAAGAGUACGACUCGGAGAUGGAUGACUUCAUCGACGAUGAAGGAGAAGACCAAGAUGAAGUUUCAAAACAUAUCAGGGAAAUCUUUGGCUAUGACAGGACCAAAUAUAAAGAUGAAAGUGACUAUGCACUGAAGUUUAUGGAGAGCAGCUGGAGAGAUCAGCAGAAAGAGGAAGCACGGAGUCUGCGAAUGGCAGUGUUAGAGGACCAGGAGGAGGAAAGAAGAGAACUUGAGGAGAUGAAGCGGAAGAAUGCCAAGAAGACAAAAUGAUUGUGAUGAUUGUGUUCGGAUAGACUGAAAUAAAAUGCUUCUCUCCCUUUACGCAGAGGACCGGUGAAAGUUAAGUUCCUUAAUGACGUCUGUUUUUUUCUGCUUCAGUUUACGCCUGGGUAUCAAGGAGGAUGAAGAAGAAAUGCGAAUGGAGGAGGAGGAGAUGAAAAGAAAACUAGCAAUGAAAGCGAAACAGAGAAAGAUUUAGUUUACUUUACUUGACUUUGAUCUAGUCUUAUUUGGUUGGAACCGAGAGGAAUGGAAAUGCCUGCCUUGUGCCACUGACAUUGUUACACUAUUUAUUUGAAUGCCCAAGCCAUGGGAGCAGGUUUGCACUAUCAAGAGCCCAUCUGACGUAGCUGAGCUUCGGAGAAAAUUAUAUAUAAAAUAAAUAUCUGAGAAUCACAAUAGCAUUUUUUGUAUCUGUAGAAACGAUGUAUAUUGAUGUGGAUGCCUUACACCUCAAGCACCAACUUCUUCAAAAUUGGUCCUGAUUUUGGGAGAGUUAUUUUAUUACUUGUACUAUUUAAUUGGUGAGAAAAGACAGAAGACUGCCAUUUUUCCAAUGUAUUUUUUUGUUAAAGUGAUUUGACAGA